UUUCCACCCCUACAGUCCCACUUUCGCGCGAUUUCUACUUCGGAAAUUACUUUUCUUAUCUGAAAAGUUUCUACUCACUCGAAGUGUUGUUCUUUCUGUAAUCUGUGGCCGAUUUGAAGUGACACGGGUUUGAAAAAGGAAUGUUCUAAACUUUUUUGAAUUUUGAACGCCGCGUGUUUGUUUACGUGCAAAGAGUUUGUAUUCAACUUUGACAAGUGCAUAACUGAGUUUUUUGCUUGUCUGUCACCUUCGGGUUUGGGUGUCAGAGGUUUUUGCUGUUUAUAAGAGGAGAAGGAAGGUGAUUUGUUGAAGAUGUGGUGGAUCCUGCGUCGAGCCCGCCUCACCGGCGCCUCUCUCUUCAGCCAGGCUUCGGGCACCACCAACAACAACAAUGCGAAGACAGAGUCGCGACCUCCACGGAAAAACUACAAUCAACUUUCAUCAAAUGAAAAACUUGACAACCGACAGCCGGAUGACAUUCACAUUGAAGAAGCCGAGGUGGAAUCGGAUGCGAGCAGCACCGACUUGGACGAGAGGGACACGCGCGGCGUUUGCCCGCCUUGUGCGCAUGACCGAUACAACAACAACAUUCGUCGGCAUACACAUGAUGACUUCAGUGAUGAUACAGAUUACGACGAGGCGCUAACGUGCAACGUGUGCGACCGUUCGUUCCCCACGCGCCGCCAGCUGGCCGACCACCAACAGAAGAAGCGACACUUCGGCUGCAGCGCGUGCGACAGCCUGUUCCCGUCGCUGAUGGCUUUGGAGCACCACAAGGAGGAGUUCCAGCACUGGUCGGACUCGUCGUGCUGCUCGCCGUCCGACUCGGAGUCCGAGCCCGACGCUCACGACCAGCACCGCCUGCUCUAA